AUGAUCCACAUACAUCGACUAGGACACACGCGUGCUAUCGCUGCUCUCAAGCAUGCAAUCAGCAACCAAACCUAUCAUCAGCAGCACCGACCAUUCCCCAAAGCUCUGUUAUCCAUGCAGGAUUUGAGCGUAGAGCAAAUCCUAGUCUUGAUUAGAAGGUCUCUAGAGCUAAAAGCUGCUUUUAAAACAGGCACAUAUCCCCCAUCAUCGACAUCGACAUCAUCCAUAAACAAAAAACCUCUGGAUGGCAAGACACUCGCCAUGAUAUUCGCCAAGCGAAGCACUCGUACCCGUGUAUCGGCCGAAUCUGGAUGGGCUUAUUAUGGAGGACAUCCCAUGUUUCUGAGUAAAGAGGAUGUCCAGUUAUCCGGUGGUGAACCACUUAAAGAUACAGCCAUUGUGGUGUCAUCCAUGGUAGAUUGUCUUUUAGCACGUGUAGCAGGGCAUGAGGAGAUCGAGAUACUGGCCAAGCACUCUACCGUACCUGUAAUCAAUGCCCUAUCAGCUAAAUUUCACCCCCUACAGAUACUAGCUGAUAUCUCUACACUAUACGAAGCGUACGUGCCAGAUGCACUAGCGCAAGUAGCUAAUAGUAACAAUAACAGCCAAUACAUACUGCCACCACUGCCGAAACUCAAAGUCGCAUGGGUCGGAGACGCAAACAACAUCCUCUUUGAUCUCUUAUGUGCUCUACCUCGACUCGGAACCAGUAUAUCAGCUGCCUGUCCACCGGGAUACGAGGUCGACGCUGAUGUACGUGAAUAUGCACUGCAUCAUGCUAGUCUGGCUGGUGCAGGAAACGUAGAAUUCACGAAUAGUCCACAGGUCGCUGUUAAAGAUGCUGAUGUUAUAGUCACUGAUACGUGGAUUAGUAUGGGCCAAGAAGCUGAAAAGGAGGCUAGGCUGAAGGCUUUCAAGGGGUAUCAGGUUACGGAAGCUAUGGCUAGUGGUGCUAGACCUAAUUGGAAGUUUUUGCAUUGUUUGCCUCGGAAGAAAGAAGAAGUUGAUGAUGAGGUGUUUUAUGGGCCUCGAUCACUCGUAUUCCCUGAAGCUCAAUUUAGAAAGUUUACAGUAAUGGCCGUUUAUGAAAUGUUAAUGCUGUGGAACAAACAAUAA